UUGCCUCUAUCACUGCUGACUGCAGCCCAGAACAAACCUAUGCUUGUAGAGUUGAAAAAUGGCGAAACAUUCAACGGCCACCUCGUCAAUUGCGAUAAUUUCAUGAACAUAACACUACGGGAGGUGUACCAAACGAGCGCAGACGGGGAUAGAUUCUGGAAGUUGAAGGAGUGCUAUAUCCGCGGCAGCACCAUAAAAUACCUGCGUGUACCGGACACGUUGUUAGACACUGUAAAAGAGGAGCAAACUCGAGCACGAGAAGCUGGCCGAAGUGCGCGGGGAGGAGGAGGCCGUGGAGGUUCAAGAGGUAGCGGACAACGUGGACGAGGGCGUGGACGGGGAGGUUAG